AUGUCCAGUAAUACGCAACAAACUUUAUGGAAAACAGAACAUUCUGUACCAGGAAGACCUGUUUUUGGUGCACAACAUUCACCAUUUUCAAAAAAAGCAUUAGUUACGAAUUCCGUAAUAUCAAAAAAAAAAGAACAAGAAAAAUUUAAUGAAUAUUCAAUAAAUACUGAUGAUGCCUGGGAAAUCGAUGAUGGUGCAAUGUCUUUAAAAUUAAUCGAUAGUGAUGAUAAUGAUGAUCAAUCACAAAUAUUGAAUAUUUCAAAACAGACUGUUGAUGAAGUUGCAUCAAGAGUUAUACAACAACAUAAAUCGAAAGUUCAAUCGAAUAAAAUUACACUUGAUGCAUCCGCUGUACGAAGGCCAAUUAUAACAUCGAAUCUAAAUUCGACUACAUGUCCAGGUAUUGGCAGACGAAUUGGAGAUUAUCCAAAUAUAAAACCAUUGGUACCAAUUCGAUAUAAUAAUACAAUUAAUAAUAAUUCAAAUUCUUCUUCUUCUUCUUCGCCUUCUACUCGAUCAAAUUUUUUUACAAAACCUGAUAUUGAUAUGCAAAAAGAAAUUAAAUUUAAACAAAUUAUCGAACAACCCAAUGUUGAUUUAAAUGAACUUCGUAAAGCAAGUUGGAAUGGUAUUCCAAAACAAUAUCGUACACAAGCUUGGAAAUUACUUUGUGGUUAUUUAUCAUCAAAAAUUGAACGACGACAAGAUACAUUAACAAGAAAACGUGAAGAAUAUUGGUCUUAUGUCAGUCAAUAUUAUCAUACACGUACUGAAAUUGAGCAUCAAGAUACAUUUCGACAGAUUCAUAUAGACAUUCCACGAAUGAAUCCUUUAAUGCCAAUAUUUCAACAAACAGUUGUACAAGAAUUAUUUGAACGUAUUUUAUUUAUCUGGGCUAUUCGUCAUCCAGCAAGUGGUUAUGUUCAAGGUAUCAAUGAUCUUGUUACACCAUUUUUUGUUGUUUUUCUUUCGGAAUUUAUUGAAAAUGAUAUUGAAAUUGAAAAUUUUGAUAUUAGUUCAUUACCAGAACAAAAUAGAAAAAUUGUUGAAGCGGAUAGUUAUUGGGCAACAUCACAUUUACUUGAAGGUAUUCAAGAUAAUUAUACAUUUGCUCAACCUGGUAUACAAUACAAAGUUCGUACGUUAGAAGAACUUGUUAAACGUAUUGAUGAACCAUUAUAUCGUCAUCUUAAAGAUCAGCAUAUUGAAUUUUUACAAUUUGCUUUUCGUUGGAUGAAUAAUUUACUGAUGCGAGAAUUACCUGUACGAUGUACAAUUCGUCUUUGGGAUACAUAUCUUUCUGAACAAAAUGGAUUUUCUCAAUUUCAUUUGUAUAUAUGUGCAGCAUUUCUUGUUCGUUUUUCAAAAGAUCUUUUACGUGAAAAAGAUUUUCAAGGUAUACUUCUUCUUCUUCAAAAUUUACCAACACAUUCAUGGACAAGUAAUGAUAUAAGUAUAUUAACAGCUGAAGCGUAUCAAUUAAAGGUUAUGUUUGCAAAUGCACCAAAACAUUUAACAAGCUAG